AUGAGCAAUCAUUACCACAAUCAUCAUCACCAGCACCAACAACAGCAACAACAGACACAGGACAGACGCAACUCUGUAGUAUGCAAGUUCUUCAAGAGUGGCAAAUGUCUAUCUGGCAAGAACUGCAAGUACUCGCACGAUAUGUCGAGCAGUGAUGCAUCAUCAUCAUCGUCAUCAUCAUACGAAGGAGGCAACAACAGCAACAGCGGCAGCAACUCAACAGUGGAUCACCAUCAUAACAACAAUACACAACAAGCUGGCAAUGGUGGAGGAGGAGGAGGUGCACCAUUGUGUAAAUACUACCUUAAUGGCUUCUGCAAGAGUGGCUCCAAGUGUCCAUACCUACACGACUCAAAGAAGGCUGCCGCCGCCAACAACAACAGUAACAGCAACAACACAAGUCCCAACAGCAACAAUACAAGUCCCAACAAUAACAACAAUGCACAUCAACAGCAACAACAACAUAAUAACAAUAACAAUAACAACAAUAACAUUAAUAACAAUGCUACAACAACAACAACUACAACAACAAUCAAUGUAUCAGACCACCCUAUAUUAUCAUCACCAAGACCAACGAUGGAGUCAUUGAUGGGCAACAGCAUAUUCAACAGCCCUGGACACCAGACAUCAAUACAUCCAAUAUCCGCCCUGAACAACAAUAGUGCUUCAUUCAUCCCAACCAUCCCCAUCAACAUCCACCAUCAUCAACAUCAACAACACCACGAAGGACAUCAACAGACUCAGCAGCAUCAUUAUAGCCACGCCCACCCGGUGCCCUUCCUCCCGGCGAUGGGCACUCAUACAUCAUCCUCGUUCCGCGACUCUAUCUUGGGGGAGUUCUCGUCGCCCCGUCAGUCACUCUCGUCGAUGAUGGACCAUGGCCCCACGCCCAAGUCGCCCCUGCUCACUCAGGCCAUGGGCAACAUUGCACUGUCUCCGUCGAGGAUCACCGGCCUGUCGUUCUUCCCCAACUCGCCGCGCACACUCCUCUCCACGUCGCCCUCGUCACCGUUCAGCCCCCAGUUUGUCGCGCACAACGCCACGCUCAUGUCCUCAUCGCCAUCGCCCUUCUAUGCCACGGGCUUCAAGGAGCCAUCCUCGGAGGAGGACGAUGACGACGACGAUGACGACGAUCUCUUUGACUUUGAUGAUCGUGGAUUGAAUGUGAUAGAUGACAACUAUGAUGACAUGGCGUUCGAUCCAUAUGACCAUCAAAGACUAAUGACCAAACAGUUUGGUGAGCUCAGCAUUGACAAGACUACAUCAACAUCAACAAUCUCUUCGUCCAACAACACUGAUCAGCCACAACCAACAACAUCAACAACAACGGCAGCUGCGGCAACAACAGGAGGCUUGGACACAUCGGAUCCCAAGAAGCCACUGUCCUACCUCGAGGUCUUGAAGCAGAACCUGGAACUCCCGCCCAACUUCUAUUUGGAAGAUGACACGUCCACAACAUCAACAUCCAAAGAUGACUCUAAGACAGAGGCACUAUGUCUGUUCUACUUACAAGGUGGAUGUAGGAAUGGAGACGGUUGUAAAUUUAUACAUGGCAACAUGUGCGAUCUGUGUGACAAGCCAAUGCUUGUGCCAGGACAUGCUGCCCAGAAUGAUGAGCACAAGAAGCAGUGUUUGGCAAGCAGACAGAGAAUGGUGCAGCGCGAGCAUAUUAGGAACUUGGAGUGCGGCAUCUGCUUCGAGUCGGUCGUCGAGAAGAACCAGCGAUUCGGUCUGCUGAGCCACUGCGACCACAUCUUCUGUCUGGACUGCAUCCGCGAGUGGCGCGGCUCCACCGCCAGCGGCGCACCACAGCCACUGAGCAACAGCAACAACUCGGUGCGUCUCUGCCCUAUGUGUCGCGUCAACAGCUACUUCAUCAUACCGAGCGACGUGUUUGUCUCGCAGGAGGAGAAGCAGGAGAUCAUCGACGAGUACAAGUCCAAGCUGUCGACCAUCCCCUGCAAGUACUUCAACAAUGGCAAGGGCAGCUGCAAGUUUGGCACCAGCUGCAUGUACGCGCAUCUCAACGCCGACGGCAGCAUCCACCGACCGACUGUGCGCAAGGUGCAGUCGUCCACGGGCGAUCUCGUCACGCUCUACUCGACACAGCUGGGCAUGUUCAUUGCGCCGCUCAUCCAGCAGCAGAAGCAGGAGCUGGAACGAAGGCGUCGCGAUCAAAAAGUGAUGAGUGACACUGCGUUUGAAGAGUACGACGAGGCUACCUUUGGCGAGGAUCACAAUGACGACGAUCAUCAUCAUCAUCGUGCACAAUGGCAACAACAAGAUGAUGAUGAUGAACACGAAUUACAGUGA